AUGAGUUUGAAGGGCUUUCAGAAGAGCAUUGUCCGCGCUCCACAACAGUUCAAGGCCAAGUUCAAUAUUGGCGAGCAUACCAAGGACCCUGUCUACCUGGACGCUGAGCGGCGGUUUCAAGAACUCGAAAAAGAGACCAAGAAACUGCACGAUGAGUCCAAGAAGUACUUCGAUGCCAUCAAUGGCAUGCUGAACCACCAAAUCGGAUUCUCCAAAGCGAUGACGGAACUCUACAAACCCAUCUCCGGUCGUGCUUCCGACCCUAGCUCCUAUACAAUCGAGGGCAAUCCGGAGGGUAUCCGGGCAUGUGAGGAAUACGAGGCGAUUGUGCGGGACCUCCAAGAAUCGCUGGUGCCCGAGUUAGAGAUGAUCGACACCCGCGUCAUCAGCCCUGCACAGCAGCUAUUGGAGGUAAUCAAGGUGAUCCGCAAAGUCGCGGUGAAGCGAGACCACAAGAAACUGGACUACGACCGCCACAAGAACUCGCUCAAGAAGCUGCAGGAUAAAAAGGACAAGUCGCUGAAGGAUGAGAAGGCGCUUUACAAGGCUGAAAAUGAUGUGGAGCAAGCGACGCAGGACUACAACUACUACAACGACCUGCUCAAGGACGAGUUGCCCAAGCUGUUCGCUCUGGAGGCUGAAUUCAUCCGUCCUCUGUUCCAGUCCUUUUACUACAUGCAACUGAACGUCUUCUACACACUACACGAGCGAAUGCAGGGCAUCAAUAUCGGCUACUUCGAUCUGAAUCUUGACAUCGAGGAAGCGUUCGAGAACAAGCGCGGAGACGUCAAGGAGCGCGCCGAGGAACUCAGCAUCGUCCACUUCAAAGCCACGGGCGGGCGCAAACCUGGCUCGAAGCUUACCCCCAAGGACAAAUUGGCGCAAGAGGGCAAGAGUGGUUACGCCUCACGUCAGCGAGAUCCCGAUGUUGUCGAGAACCCACCGCCGCCUUACUCGGCCACUGCAGGCAGCAGCUUUACCGCCGCAGCAAAGAGCAAGCCCGCCCCUCCGCCGCCGAAGCCUAAGCCCGCUCGAUUCAGCGCCCCCGUCGAAACGGUCACGGCACUAUAUGACUAUGAAGCUCAGGCGCACGGCGAUCUCAGCUUCUCCGCCGGUGAUGUCAUCGAGAUCACACAGCGAACGGAUAACCAGAAUGAGUGGUGGAGCGGCCGUGUUGACGGACGAGAGGGACAAUUUCCUGGUAAGCAUGACCGUCUAUCAUUAUUGACAACUAGCUUGCUAAUUUGUGUACCCAGCAAACUACGUCCAGCUGAACUAGCAUUAUGCUAUAGCUAUAUAAUAUCCUUAUUCCUGACUCGUCAAUGUCAUCACUGGUUACUUGGAGUUUCGGAGUGCCAUUGUACCACUUGA